AGAGACUAUACACCUUUCCUUCCGUGUAUCUCCUUGUUCUCAUCACAGAAAUGACUUUCAAGUUGUAUGGUAUGGCAAUGUCCACGUGCACCGCACGUGUUCUGGGCACCCUCUACGAGAUCGGCAUUGAUUUCGAGCUCGUGACCGUCGAUGUCAUUGCUGGCGAACACAAGCAGCCGUCCUACCUCGCAAAAAAUCCAUUUGGUCUAGUUCCAGCUCUAGAGGACAAUGAUUACACGUUCUUUGAAUCUCGUGCAAUCACUCGUUACAUAGCGACCAAGCACUACGGGAGAGGUACCGAUCUACUGAGGCUAGGCAACACCAAGGAGUCUGCAUUGGUUGGGGUGUGGGUGGAAGUGGAGUCUCAAAAUUUUAAUCCACCUAUCUCAGCUAUCAUUUUUCAGUUAGUCUUCACCCCCAUGUAUGGUGGGACCACAAAUGAGCAGGUGGUGGAGGAGAAUGUGGUGAAGCUCGGGACGGUGCUCGACAUCUAUGAGGAGAGGCUGUCCAAGAGCAAUUACUUAGCUGGGGAUUUCUUCACCUUAGCCGAUUUGCAUCACUUCCCAUACACUUACUACCUCAUGAAGACACCCAAAGCUCAUCUCAUUAACUCGCGCCCGCAUGUGAAAGCUUGGUGGGACAGCGUUACAUCGCGGCCCGCCAUCAAGAGAGCCACUGAAGGAAUGACCUUAAUUUAGUGAAGAUAUCAUUGGGUCCACAAAAAUGAAUAAAUGGACAGCGCGAUUGCCUAAUUUAUAAAAAUGUCUUAAGAUGUUAACUAUUAGUAGUAAUUCGAAAGGUGAAAGUGAAUUUUAAGUUGUUAUUAAGGUGAAUUUAGUUACAAACUCAUGAUAUGGGUUGGUUGAUGUUAUCUAAGAUUUUCUUGUUUGUAUAAAUUUGGAGGCUGAAUUUCUUGUUUAGCUUCAAAGCUUAUUAAUAAAAUAUGCUAGUUGUUGAA